AUGGAGGAGCUGUUGCUUUGGGAGCGAGGCUUGGCGCCCGUCUUCUCCGAGUCCCAGAAAGACCUGGUGCUGGAGCGGAUCUUUGGCAUGAUCGGCACUUCUACCCGCUUCUACGUAGAAGUCGGGACGCAAUCUGGGGAGCAGUGCAACACGCGAUAUCUGAGAGUGCGGUACGGCUUUCACGGCCUCAUGCUGGAUGACAACUUCCGGAACAAGCACGUAAACUUGAAGCGGCAGUUCAUCACCCCGUCGAAUGUGGUGCAGAUUUUUCAGGAGAACAAUGUACCUCAUCACUUUGAUCUCCUCUCCCUGGACACCGACGGCUACGAGUGGCUGCUAUGGCUCAAACUGAAUGAAGCUGGGUAUGCCCCGCGGGUCGUGGUGCUGGAGUAUGGUGAGAACUUACCGUACACUGAAGAUGUUAUCAUCCGGCACACGACCUUCCCGGUCCACCGGCUUUGCCUUUCGCAGCUGCAGCGCUUUCCGAAGGUGUCUGGUGCCAGCAUCACGAGUCUGCUCAAAUUGGGGCGAGCUUGGGGCUACCACCUGGUCCACCUGGUGGCCUGUGGCACCAGCGACCUCAUCUUCAUCCGUGACGAUGCCAUGGGCGGUCGCGCCUUUCCCGCGCAGAACGAUGCAGUGGCCUUGUGCCGCCUGAGCGCGUACCAAUGUGAGGCGAGUGAGAUUUGGUGUGCAACGCAAUGGCCGGGAGCUGCACCUCCGAGCGAGGACAAGCAUGCUGAGUUUUCCACCGCAGUCGUAAUUAACAGUUCAACCACUGGCUGGUGCGACAAGCUACAGAAAAAAGCAACCAACCUUUGGUGUGGAAAGCUGCAGGACCUGCGAACCACCGCAGAGCUUGCACUGGCCGGCAACUACAAGCUUCAACGUGUUCUAGGUAAAAGAUGCAAGCGGGAUUGCAGACUCUUCUGCGAACCAGUCCUACCACGAGCCGUUGCGAGAGGAGCUGUGCUAGCUGCUGACUUGCCCUGGGCCGCCGGAGCCACCCAAAUGACCACGGGGAGCAUUGCGAGGCAUUCGCCCGCCUGCUGUUCCUGGCACCUUGCUGGCCGAGCUCGUGACAUGAAGAUGCCCAAAGCUGCUGAGCAUCUCGGAGUUGGUCCCGGCACGGUGGCCAGUUUUCUUUACACAUUCAGUGAGAAAGAGACGGACAAAGAGGGAGAAGAAGGAACUCGAGUGCAGAUGUUCUGCCUGAAGUACCAUCAAAGACCCGUCCUAGAGAACGAGAGAAUCGAGACCUGCUACGGCGACAUUGCCGAGUUCGGCGGCAAGGGUCCUGAAACGCGCCGGAUAAACGCAGAAGGCAACAGCUACCUGAAGAGUCACUACCCGCGGCUGAGCUACAUCCGGCGGGCACGACCUCUUGACUGGACUCCGCCAGGAGGUGUGGAAAUCAUCGCGGAAGCAUCACCAGUGCCUUCCAGGACGACUGCACAGGCAGCUGCCCGAGAGGCCCAACUACGCGCGAGCGAGGCCGGGCGGUCGGCGCUCCUGGCGGCGCAGGCCAAGGAUCCCGAAGAGGCGGUUCGGGCGGCCGUCACAGCCCGCCAUGCCGCGGAAGCCGCCCAGGCUGCAGCGGAAGCAGCAGAGGCCGCAAGCGCAGCACUGCUCGGUGCUCACGGGCAAUCUUGGCGGCCGCCAUCCCCUCCCCGACGAAGCCUUGCCGCUCCACCAGGGGUUGCUUCGUCCUCAAGCAACAGGUCUGCGAGCCUGGGCAGCUUUCGGUCGAGCAGGUCAACUCUGCCCUUCAUGAUUCAGCGACCUGGCAGCACACUUCACGGACUGCAGUCGGUGCGUGGGAACAACAGCUACGUGCCGAAUGCAUCGCUGCCAUCGACGCCGAUGUGGCCACAACCCGUGUUGCCGCAGGUCAUGGCCUACGUGCCUCAGAUGGCCUCGCAAACGUCCCUGCCCCUGCCAAAUGCCCAACUGCCUACACAGGUCUCGGCACAGCAAUUGCCACCACAGCAGACCCAACCAUCCCCGCAACAAAUGCCACCACAGCAGCUGCCACCACAGCUGCUGCCACCACAGCAGCUGCCUCCGCAGCAGCUGCCUCCGCAGCAGCUGCCACCACAGCAGUUGCCACCACAACAGUUACCACCACAGCAGCUACACUCACAGCAUUUGCCACCUCAGCAGCUGCCUUUCGCCCAGCUGCUAUCGCAACCCGCAAGCACACCACGGCAGCCAGGAAUGGCUCAGAUGCCGUUGACACACACCAGUGGGGGUAUGUGCUUGUCACCACAACAUCCACAACCCAAGCUGUUCCUGUAG